AGAUACCUACACCUACCCACCUACCCUUCGAUCAUCCCGUACCUACAUUCCUGUCUUGCGUCUUAUCCUUGUCUCGUCUCGCCUCUCCCCCGCCACCACAAGGACCACCCAGAAGAAACGUACCGGCUUAGUGUGGUCCUCUUGAUACCGGUAGUGCCAUUGGUGUCUUCUCCUGUCCAGAUCCUGUCCAGAGGGUCCUCUCUUUCUCUCGGUUGCCUACUCGCCGCUACUCUACAUCUACGCCCCAUAGCGUGGUAGACAACGGGCCAACAUUUGGUAUUCCACCAGCCGAAUCCCUACAUACAGUAAACACAGUUCGAGGGCGUGUUCCCAUACUCGGCGUUGUCCGCACCACCGCCCGCCAUGGCGUCUCCCAGCACAGCUCAGAACAGCGUUGCUGCUGCUGAGGCUUUCUCCGACGGCACUCAGGAUUACAAGCCACUGAGAUCCAACAACAAGUUUGAUUCGAAAAAGCCUCACAUCACCGAAUUACCCAUAACAUGGGGCAACUGGUACAAGCACGUCAAUUGGUUGAAUACCUACUUUAUCAUCAUAGUCCCUCUUAUGGGCUGUGUGGGCGCCUACUUCACACCACUCACAUACAGAACAGCCGUCUUCACGGUUCUCUUUUACUUUGGGUCUGGGUUGGGUAUUACAGCAGGGUACCAUAGGUUAUGGGCACAUAGUUCAUUCAAAGCAAGACUACCUCUGAAGAUCUUCUUGGCUGCUAUGGGAGCUGCUAGCGUGGAAGGUAGUGCUAGAUGGUGGUCUCAUGGACAUCGCGCUCAUCACAGAUAUACCGAUACCGAGAAGGAUCCUUACAGCGUCCGCAAAGGUCUGCUUUACUCUCACAUUGGUUGGAUGGUUAUGAAGCAGAACCCCAAGCGUAUGGGACGAACGGAUAUUUCAGACCUCAAUGAUGACCCUGUUGUUGUUUGGCAACACAAGAACUACCUCAAGUGUGUUUUGAUCAUGUCCCUGAUCUUCCCAACUGUUGUCUGUGGACUUGGCUGGGGUGACUGGGCGGGUGGAUUUAUCUACGCAGGAAUUCUUAGAAUCUUUUUUGUUCAACAAGCUACGUUCUGUGUCAACUCACUUGCCCACUGGCUUGGAGACCAGCCCUUUGACGACCGCAACUCUCCCCGAGACCACGUUUUCACAGCUUUAAUCACACUUGGUGAGGGAUAUCACAAUUUCCACCAUGAGUUCCCCAGUGAUCAUCGCAACGCGAUUGAGUGGUAUCAGUAUGACCCAACAAAAUGGUUCAUCUGGACAAUGAAACAGCUUGGCUUGGCUUACGACUUGAAAACCUUCCGCCAGAACGAGAUUGAGAAGGGCCGUGUCCAGCAACUACAGAAGAAGCUUGAUCAAAAGCGAGCUACUUUGGACUGGGGUACACCACUCGAGCAGCUUCCUGUCAUCAGCUGGGACGAUUUUGUGGCUGAGUCGAAGAACGGCAGGGCCCUUGUUUCCAUUGCUGGUGUCAUUCACGACGUUACAGACUUUAUCAAGGAUCAUCCUGGUGGUAAAGCGCUCAUCUCGUCCGCUAUUGGCAAAGAUGCUACGGCGAUCUUCAAUGGUGGUGUCUAUCUCCACUCAAACGCUGCUCACAACCUUCUUUCUACUAUGCGCGUAGGUGUUCUUCGGGGUGGCUGUGAAGUGGAGAUCUGGAAGCGUGCUCAGUCCGAGAACAAGGAUGUCGGUAUGCUAUUCGACUCCGCCGGUAAGCGCAUUGUUCGUGCUGGUGAUCAAGUCACUAAGGUCAUACAACCAACUGCCAGCGCUGAUGCUGCUUGAUUAAUCCUCUGGGGCAGUCUUUUAUAAACUUAUUCUCACAAUGAAUAAUUGGGAUAAUUUGGGCACAACCUUUCACAUGUCGUCUAAAAAGCAGAGGUAUUCCUUCACUUGGGAAAGGCCAUUAGCCAACUUUGACGAGCAUUGAUGAGCGGAUGAUGCUUUGUACAUAUACCACCAUUGAUGGCGCCGCUUUUAUGAUGGAGCGUAGAAGAAGCACCGAUGGAUGAGUUCAUACGUGGCGUUAUUGGGAGACUUUACGGUCAAAAAAGGAGUUUGUUAUGAGACUUGACGAUUUUUAAACGAGGAUCAAAUCACACUUAGCUACACAAAGAGUUUUAAAUCAUAACUUUGUUGAACUCA